AUGGACUUUUGCUUCUGUAUUCCUAUUGUAUUUGGCUGCCCUAACAAGAUCAAACAGGAGGGUGAUGGCACACCAUAUGUCUGUCCACGUUGUAACAACGCACAGGUCGUCGAAGCCAAGAGUCGCAUGUGGCUUGAGCUGUGCUGGAUUCCUGUGAUUCCAUGCUCAUCUCAGCACAUUUGGCUAUGCGGUAUUUGCCAAUGGCAAAUUCCACGGAACGGCGGAUACCAGCCCAUGCCUGCAGGAUAUUCUAUGCCGCCUAAAAUGUAA